AUGAGUGUCCUGGAUGACAUCCCAUUCAAAUUGUAUGACGGAUUCACCCAUGUGCCCUCACCUGAAGAACGUAUAUCCAACCUCUCAAAUGUUAAUGUUCCAGACUGCGGCGAUACAUUAAUGUGUACUGUGCAUGAUUUCUCUGUGGAGAGAAAGGUUCUAGACUGGGUGGAAGAGAUAUACAGGCAACAAGCCCCCAUGUCUAGUGUCAGACCCACUGCACCUCCAUACUGGAUGAUGCACGACAGGAAGGGGGUAUCCCCAAACAGACGCUGCAGUCCCCAACUGCCUUCUUUACCCUUGAGAAGGUGUAGAAGCCAGAGCUCAUCUGAUGCUAUUCCCAGUCGACUACGAAGCAACUGGGGUGGAGCAGAGAACAUGGAUAUGAAGGAGAGAAACUUUGAGGAGGAUGGAUACUCUGAAGAUAAUGAGUAUUCUUCCUCAGAGGAGAGUGAGAAAGAGGCUCUACAAAGAGAAUCAAGGGCACGUUUGUGUAAGAGCCCUCAGCCACAGUGGUCUAACAGACCACGUACUUCUCCAGUGAUGCCCAGUCCAACCCCAAGAUGUCGCUGCUCUCAUUCUGAGUCUCCCCCGUGCCACAUAAAGAGGAGAAAGCCAGUAACUUCAUCAAAUAUCUCCAAGAAUGAGCUGGAGGCAUCAAAUAAAAGAAUUGCAGCUCUGGUGCACUCGCAGAAGGGGAAUUCAGAAUCCAGAGGCAACCCCCAAGGUCAGCACCAAAGGAGGAACUGCUGUGGACACCUUCAUAACCCAACACCCCCUCCAAGUCCUAACGGCUGUUGCUGCUCCAAGAGACCCUACAGUGCUGGCAGCAUUCCUCCAAUACGCUGCUACAAACCCACCCAUAUGUCUCUGAAUCCAUAUUCCUGUCUCCCACCUACAAGAAGGAGCCACUCUAAUUGCUCAGGCGAUGUCCUGCUAGCCCUUAGUCAAGAAGAGCGUGAUGUCAUCGAGGCUGUGACAUCUAUGGGGUACCCACUUCGUAGAGCUAUGAUUGCAAUGCAGAAAAUAGGUGGACAAAGCCUAGAACAGGUUCUGGCUUACCUUGGAGCCACAGAUCGCCUCUGUAAACUUGGGUAUGAGGAAGCACAAGUGGAAGAAGCAAUGGAAAUGUUCCAGAAUUCUGAGAUAAAGGCCGCAGAAUAUCUCCGUCUCUCACUUCAGUUCAACGACAUGGGUUUCCAACAAGAUGACAUCAAAGAAGUUCUCCUAAUUUAUGACAAUCAUAGGGAUCAAUCCCUGGAGGAACUCAUGAUGAGGGCUCAGUAACCGCCAAGCAUCCAACCUGUUGACUGCUAGCCAUGAGCUGA